UUCAAUCCAGGGUCCCAAAUUCAACACUUAUGCGCAUCAUACAACAACACUUGCCCCUUCAUGAAAUCGCUUUUAUAGUACUCAGCAGCCUUGUCCUAAGGUCAGGUAAUGUUUUUUGUUUACAAAGUAGUUGUAGCAUUAGAUCAUGUCCCAUGCCAUUCUCCUUUUCCACUAUAAAUAGUAAUGAGAACAACACCUUUAGGAUCAUAUCUUCUUCUUCUUGGUCUAUAUUCGAAAAUGAAGGUUUCGUAUGCAACACUGUGCAUCAUGGUUACCUUGGUUGCUCUAGCUGAGACAGAGUUGUGUGUGACAGCAGUGACGUGUAAUGCGUUGCAGCUGAGUGCAUGCGCGAGUGCCAUCACCUCCUCGAGCCCUCCUUCAUCUGUUUGCUGUAGCAAACUGAAGGAACAAAGGCCUUGCCUUUGCCAGUAUUUGAAAGACCCCAACCUCAAGAAGCUUGUGAACUCUCCCAAUGCUAGGAAAGUUGCAAAUGCUUGUGGUUCCCCAUUCCCCACUUGCUAGAUAUACACUUUUUGAGUAUGUUUCACUUCAACUAUUAUUAGGGUUGUCGGAGUAUCUUAUGUGUGUUUUUUUCUGUGUAAUGUACUCUGUUUCGUUUUUUAUCAUGAAGUGGGACAGGUCCUCUGGUUGUCCCAGAGUUUGGUGUGGUUCUGCUUCAACAAUCACACUUUCCGUUGGAGAAUUUGAUGUUGUAUUGUACUAGCUCUGAUGUGCAUCUAUCAAUGAAUGUGUAGUUUAAAUUUGUUUGCUGAUUA